CACAGUGGUCUGAAUUUUGAGUCAACAAAAUCAUUUGCAUCCCUCUCUCUCUCUCUUUGAUCUUCUCCAUAGAUGAGCUUAAAAAUGCCCAACUCUCCAUUUCUCUUCUUCGCCUACUUUCCUUGUACAUACCCACCUCAAAAACAACAACAACAACAACAGAGCAUCCUAGAUCAUUAACAAUCAAAAUCCCAAAUGGGUUUCUCAAAAGAAGAGAAGUCUAAGCGUUUAUGGAGAGGAAUCAAAACCCUUUUCUUCUUAAUCACUAUGUUGAUUUCCCUUCUCCUUUUCUCUGCCCCUGUUCUUCUUGUCCUUGCUGAUGCCCUUCUUCCCUCUGCUCUUCUCUCUGCUUCUCUUUACCCUUACUCUUUUUCCCUUAAAUCUCUUCCUUCUUAUCUCAGUAACUACGAUUUUCGAUCCUCCCUUGUCGAUAUCCCUCUCAUUUCUUUCAUACGAUCCGCUAUCAUUAUCUGUGUUUAUAGCUUUUGCGAUGGGCCUAGGCUCUCGCAUGGGCCGUAUUUGGGGAUUACUACGUUUUGUUCUGUGAUUUCCUUGGUGUUUGUUUCGUUGAAGGCUUCGUUUGUGUUUGGUGAUGGGUUGAGAGAUGUUGGACGAGGUGGAUAUGUGAGAAGUAUGGAGGUGGCUUUGUUUAUGUGUUCUUUGGCUUUGGCUGUUGGCCAUGUUGCUGUGGCGUAUAGGACGAGUUGUAGAGAGAGGAGGAAGCUCCUUGUUUACAAGAUUGAUAUUGAAGCGGUUUCUGCUUGCAAGAGUGGUUUCCCCAGGUACCAAAAGAUUCUUCAAGAGGAAAGGGUGAAGUAACUCACCAUCCCAGGAGAUCAGAACUUGUUUCCAUCUAACUUAUUUCACCCCGGUCUUCAGAUUUCAGAUUUCUAAGUAAUAACUUGAAAUCAGCUCAUCUGGAGAUUCAGGAGGUGCAAAGCUAACAUACAUCAUGCUGUCUAUAAAUUUUUAGUUGUGUCACUAUUGAAUAUUAUAUACAAAUAUACAAUUUUGCCUCAUAUUUAGCCAUCCAAGUUUAUCUGAUGUAAAAUGUAUACUGUAUAGUAUGAAUCAGUACAAAUAAAAAAUGGUAAAGGACCAUGUGAUCAUAUGAUAUUCGGUGUCUGAUUCCGACUCUCUCUAGGUUUGUUUGUUGUCGUCUCAAGUUCUAGACCUUUGUUUCUGAAAUACUAUUCUGGUUUAGUUUACUUUGUUGAA